AAGGGAUAGUUCGGGCAAAAAUGAUAUUAAACCCAUGAUUUACUCACCCUCAAGUCGUUCGAGAUGCAUAUGGCAAUCAUUCUUCAGACGAACACAUUUUAAGUUAUUUUAGAAAAUGUUUUAGAUCUUUCAGUGGAUAUAAUGUGAGGUUAUGGGGUCCACACCCGUCAAGUCCAAAUAAAGUGCAUGAAUCCUUUACAAAAUUCAUCCAUCCGGCUCCGGAGUGAUAAACGAAGGCCUUCUGCAGGUAAUCCGUGCGGUUUUGUCGUAAAAAUACACAUAUUUAAAAUUUUAUAAUUUAAAAUAACUGGCUUCCGGUAACGGUACACGCGCGUUCACAGGAGAUGGAUGCCGGCGAAUGACGUAUGACGCAGCGUACGAAACGUGGUGACGUAGAACGUCCGCGACAGCGCAGCCAGAAAGCAGAGGUAAACAAAACUCCAUUCAGGAUUUCCGCGAUCCAACAAACGUGCAUUUAAUCGAAAAUGGCCGAUGAUUUUGUUAUUACAGAAGAAGAUAUUGAGUUUUUAACACAGCCAUAUCUGUUUGAACCUGAGUACAGCGAUGAAGAACUCAGGAAUAUGGAGGAGGCUGCAUUAGCAGUGGCACAAUUAACAGCUGCGAAUAGACAAAGAGUCGGAGAGACGUGGUGGUGCUCAUGCAGAAGAUGCGAGGCCAUGGCAACAGAGGUUGAGAGUGUUUGCUGCCUUGAAUGGAACACUGAAAUGCCACCUUUGGAAGCAAUUGAUACCGCUGUUGAGAUGACCUCGUCCAGCUGCGUUACAGAAGAUACUGGCUUUCCGCCUUUGUUGUGCCAAAGUGUUCUUGAGGUUAUCUUCCGUUUACCUCGCAUAAACUGGAGACGUCGUCCAAGGCCUGAAGGACCCGGGGGCAGACUAACGGUGGAUCAACUUCGUCUGGUAGCAUACAGAGUUGUGCUUGAAUGGAUGCUGAAGGGGGAAAAACUUGGAAAAGGAAACCGCAAGGUUCUUCCCUCCUGUGUUGUUCUUGCCAUAAGGGAAAAAUACCCAUCCCAGUCUGGAUCCUAUGUGGGUUUCAGAGAAGCAGAUGAUGCCUUUGCCGUGAUGUAG